AUGGAUUAUUUUGAUCCCUCAGCAACCGAGGAAGUAAACUCGUUAACACUGCGAGGGGCAAAGCUACGACGAGAUCAUCAAUUCAAUGAAGCACUCAUAGUCCUAAACAAAGCGCUAGAACUAGACCCAAAUCACGCACCAGCGAUUCAACUUCGUGCCGAAGUGUUUCGAAAACAAGGAAACUACUUAGCAUCACUAGCAGAAUUUACAAGAUUUCUAAAAUUAAAACCGAACAAUAUUUCUGCGUUGGCAUAUCGCGGGGAAGUCUAUCGAAUGUUGAAUCGUGAUCAAGAAGCAUUGGAUGACUUGACGAUUGUAUUGCGUACCGAACCAAAUAACGCGUUCGCAUUACGAGGACGUGGAGAAAUUUAUCGAAUGAUGAAUCGAUAUCAGGAGGCAUUGGUUGAUCUGAAUCAGUCGGUUCUCGUGGAACCGAACAAUGCGUUUGCUCUUCGUGGUCGCGGAACUGUUUAUCAGAAGUUAGGCAGAUAUCAGGAAGCAGCUGAUGAUCUAUCCAGGUCAUUAGAGAUUGAACCGGAUAGUGCAUUCGCAUUACGUCGUCUCGGAGAAAUUAAUGUGAAACUUUGUAGGUACGAAGAAGCAUUGCAACACUUAAAUAAGUCGAUUGAAUUACGGCCGGAUAGUCUCAGUGCAUACGAAACUCGUGCUGGUGUCUACAAAAAACUAGGCAGGAUUGAAGAAGCAUUAGCAGAUUUAGAAUUUGUCUUGCAUCGAAAUCCCGAUAAUUUAUCGGCACUGAAAGAACGUAGCGAGAUAUAUCGCACGAAAAUUCGAAAUGAAGAUGCAUUGGUGGAUCUGAAUAAAGUUUUAUUGGCUAAACCAAAUGAUGCUUACUUUUUGCGUGAUCGUGGUGAAGUCUAUUGUCGAUUAGGAAGAUACAACGAAGCAUUAACAGAUUUAAAUAAUGCAUUACGUCAACGACCUAAAAGUGGGACUGCGCUAGAAAAUCGUGCUGGUGUGUUACAUCAUCUUGGGAGAUAUCCAGAAGCAUUAGCUGAUCUUGAUAAGGUAAUUCAAUUAAGACAUAGUAGUUCCGCAUUAAAUCUUCGUGCGGAAAUCUAUGCUUUAUUAUCACGAUACGACGAAGCCCUCGAAGACCUAAACAAAGUACUAGCACGACGUCCAAAAAACACAACAGCAUUAAAAAUCCGAAGUGGAAUCUACAAAACACAACAUCGAUACGCCGAAGCACUUACAGAUCUCAAUCGUCGUAUAUGUCUCGAACCUCGCGACAUAUCAGCAUUAUGUGAUCGAGCACUAGUCUACCAGAAAUUACUACGAUAUGAUGAAUCACUGGUGGACUUAAAUGCCGUGUUGAACUUGGACACCGAGAAUGUCGUGGCACUUGCGCUUCGCGGACAAGUGUACCAUGCAUUAAUGCGGUUUACGGAUUCGAUGGUGGAUUUGGAAAAGGUUUUCGAGUUGGAGGGUCAGUAUCCAUUAGAACAGUCGUCUGAUGAAUUGGAAUUUAAUCGAUUUGUCGACAGUAUUUACAAGAAUUCUUUGAGUUGGCAGUAA